AGCCCCCCUAUCCCAAUCGAAUUCAAGCCGGAGCAGCCACUCCCACUGGAAUCAGGAAUGGCCAUGGCGGCCGUGGGCAUAGCCGGCGGGGCACUGGCGCCCCUCCUCCCCCCGCAGCGCGGCGCCCGCCGCUGCGCGGUCUCGUUCAGGCGCGCGGCGUCGGUGGCGGUGCGCGCGUCGUACGAGGCCGGGGUGGGCGUGAUGGCAACCAAGGUGGGGAUGAUGACCUACUUCGACCCGGCCACCGGGAAGCCGGUGCCGGUGACGGUCGUCGGGUUCCGGGAGGGGAACGUGGUGACGCAGGUGAAGACGGCGGCCACGGACGGGUACGACGCCGUGCAGGUCGGGUACCACGGCGUGCGCGAGGACAAGCUCACGCGCCCGGAGCUGGGCCACCUGGGCAAGGCCGGCGCGCCGCCGCUGCGGCACCUGCAGGAGUUCAGGCUCACCGCCGUCGACGCGUUCGAGCCCGGCCAAGAGCUCGACUUCGCCGAGCUCUUCAAGGAGGGCGACCUCGUCGACGUAUCCGGCAACUCCAUCGGCAAGGGGUUCCAAGGUGGCAUCAAGAGGCACAACUUCAAGCGUGGGUUAAUGACUCACGGUUCCAAGAGCCACAGGCAACUGGGUUCCAUUGGUGCUGGAACAACGCCAGGGCGGGUGUACAAGGGGAAGAAGAUGCCUGGGAGGAUGGGAGGAACCAAGACCAAGAUCAGGAAGCUCAAGAUCGUCAAGAUUGACAACGACCUCCGGGUCCUCAUGAUCAAGGGCGCUGUUCCGGGGAAGCCUGGUAACCUCCUCCGCAUCGCACCUGCCAAGAUCGUCGGCAAGAACAUCCCCAAGAACUAGAAUUUUUCACAGAACUUUGAGUGUUCCCCACCCUGCUGCAAACUGGAUGUAAUUUCUUCGCCAAUUACCAGUUUUUGUAUACACAAGAUUUCAGAUUAGUAAUCAUCAGAUACGAGUGUUAUCGUCCGUUCUGC